AUGGCUACUUCCACCGUGGUAGAUGUCGAAUAUUGCGUCGGGCAUGAGUUGACUCAACUUGGCCCCAGUAAACCGGACGGUCCUAGCAGCCACAAUGAGCCAUUGGGCGAGCCGGCAGACCGCCCAGCAGGACGGAGCUUGAACUCACAGACCGACAUUGGACAACAAGACGAGUAUCCGACGGGUGCCAAACUAUGGCUCAUCCUUCUGUCCGUGAGCGGGGUUCUCGUUCUCACGAGCAUAGACAUGAAUAUCGUCGCCACGGCCGUUCCCAGCAUCACUGACCAUUUCCACACCGUUACUGACGUGGGCUGGUAUUCGUCUGCGUUCCGGCUUUGCCUCUGCGCCUUUCAGUUCAUGUUUGGCAAGGCGUACACUUUGUUUUCCGUCAAGUAUCUGUUCCUGAUCGCCAACAUCAUCUCCAUAGUGGGCUCCUUGUUCUGCGGGACUGCCACAUCUUCGAACAUGCUCAUCAUGGGGAGGGCUGUGGCCGGGUUGGGCUCGGCCGGCAUAUUUUCUGGGUGUUUUGUCAUCUUGGUGCAGUCGCUUCCUCUUCACCGGCGACCGCUGUUCGUCGCUGCUGCCUCGAGCAGCCUCAAACAGUACUAG